CAGAGCCACGUGAUUAUGGUGCACCAUCAUCAUCGUCGUCGCGGCCUUCAGGCGAGCCAUCACUGCGCGCUCAGAAGGCGAGGCACGACGCCCUCGCUUCUGCAGGCGCUCCUGUUAAUACUCGGUCUCUGGCUACCGAUCCUGGACAGCGGUGGCUCCGUCUUGGCCUGCGGACCAGGCAGGGGCAACGGGAUGCGCCCGCAUCUGCGAAAACUCACGCCGCUGGUGUUCAAGCAGCAUGUGCCGAACGUCAGCGAGAACACGUUGCCAGCUAGCGGACUGAGCGAGGGCCGCGUGUCGAGAAACGACGCCAGGUUCCGAGACCUCGUUCCCAACUACAACACCGAUAUCAUCUUCAAGGAUGAGGAAGGCACCGGAGCGGAUCGACUCAUGACACAGAGGUGCAAGGAGAAGCUGAACACUCUCGCUAUCUCGGUAAUGAACCAGUGGCCGGGGGUGAAAUUGAGGGUGACGGAGGGUUGGGACGAGGAGAACAAACACGCGACAGACUCGUUGCAUUACGAGGGACGUGCCGUCGACGUGACGACGAGCGAUCGGGAUCGCUCGAAAUACGGCAUGCUUGCAAGACUCGCCGUCGAAGCUGGUUUCGACUGGGUCUACUAUGAGUCCAGGUCGCACAUCCACUGUUCCGUCAAAUCAGAAUCUUCGUCUGCUGGAAAAUCCGGAGGGUGCUUCCCAGGCAGAAGCCUGGUGCGAACCGAGAGCGGUACAACGAAGAGACUGGACCAAGUUCAAUUGGGUGAACGCAUCGCAGCACUCGACUCCAAAGGCGACAUCGUGUACAGCGAGGUGAUCGCUUUCCUGGAUCGAUCCUUGACAGAGAGGAGGCAGUUCGUCCAAUUGAUCACCGAAUCGGGUCGAGUGUUGACUCUGACGCCGGCUCAUUUGGUGCCAAUAGAAGGCAAGUCGUCGAUCUUCGCCGGGAGGGUUCAACCAGGAGACAAAAUCUUGGUGAGGGAUCCGGACGAGGAGAACGAAAUCGAGCAUCGUCUACGAUGGGACAAGGUGGUCGAGACUCGAUUGGUCCUCGAGGAAGGCGUCUACGCGCCUCUGACGACCGAAGGAACCUUGUUGGUGGACGACGUAGUCGCUUCCUGUUACGCAGUUAUAGACAACCAGGAGGUUGCCCACCUCGGAUUUCUGCCAUACAGGAUGUGGAGCACCGUGAAGUCCUUCUUUGAGAGGAGACCUCCGGCCGUAGAAAAUCAGAGGUACUCGGACGUCAGGCAGGACUCGAGUACGGCACAGGAGGAGGGCAUUCUCUGGUACGCGUCGUUACUCUACUGGAUCUCGUCUUACGUCACGCCGUCGGGGAUGUUGUAUCAAUGAGAAUCUACCGAUUGGAAAAGACUAUUUUUGGUUUUACCGUAAAACGGGCCGUGAAACGUGUCAGGAAGAGUGUCACGUGCGGCCAGAAAAAUCGUGUACGGAGACAAAGAAACGGGAGAGACGUGAAUCCUGAGAGGUGUCUUGUGCAACUCGUGUAAAGAAGCAAUUGUAAUUUAAUGGAGGGAACAGGGGGAAACGUGGUUUAUACAUGUCAUGGAUUUUGUCCACCGGGACGAUACAAGUGACGUUCGUUGGCCAGUGACCCGCCUCCGUUCACCGAGUGACGUGUAGUAUACUAAAUUAGGUAUUAUUAUUGGACGCAACUGAAGGAAUCGAGGCAAAGCUUUAGAGAGAAUCGAGAGCUUUGACGUCCGUAGCGUGUGUACAUUACGAAUAUACAUAAAAUAAUACUGUAAUUUCCUUCCCUUCUCUCUCUCUCUCUCUCUCCCUCUCCCUCUUCCUAGUUUCUCUCUUCACCUUUACCGUCUUCUCGACGAACGUGCGCGCGAACUGUGUUUUCUGAGAUGGAUCUGCUCGGUUAUAGAAACGUGACUACAAAGAAUAAGACUGUGACGAGCCACUUGUCUUGACAGUGAAAUCGAUGCGAAUUAUCGGGAUGGAAGUGCGUGUUUGGAAUUUAUUUAUGGAACUCUGAAUGUAGCGGUUCGACGAAACACUCGCGGUGCUUAAAAAGCACUGCCGGGUUUCGUAUACUGUCGCGUGUAGUGGAACGUUUCGUUAUUUAUGUAAAACCACGUUUUCUGGGAUUACUCAGGUUUCACGCGAUGGAAUACAUUUUUCUCCGUUUAUUCGUAUCACGUGUACCGCGACAGAAUAAUUGAUUUUGCUUUGUUCACGGUUCUGCGUUUCAUUGCUUUUGCAAUGUUUUUAGUCGAAUAGAUUCUGUCUGCGUUAACGCGUUUAUGGUUACACGUAAUUGUAACCACCGGUUUUUAAUCAAAUCCCUGGCAAGCCGAUGGAGAGUGAAUUUUUAAAGUUGAUCAUGAUCAGUAGAUGAUAAUUACGAUCGAUGCAAUGCCGCGGAAGGCUUUAAAAUGCAUGACUGCGACGGUUUACUCACGCUUACGGCAAUAUGUUUUUAACCACGCUUUUACUAACUGGAAGCAUUUGAAAACAUAUUAUAUAGGAAUUUUAUUAAAAAUUCAGUGAAAUCGAAGACACGUUCGUGUACGCCGCAACGUACUAUCCCUUUUUAAACGAGCUUCCCUCGUUAAACUGCCGUUCCCUGGAUGCAACUGGCAUUUAAAUUAAUUUAUAGAGGUUCCCUUCGACAUUCGUUAAACGCUUCUACUUUCGUGCUUCGCACAAGGUAACAGGCUUGGAAAAUAAGUAUUGCGUCCUUCGAGCAAUCUAGGGGAGUAGAUUAAAACGCGCUUCAAGUGAAAAAUAAGAAAAAAAACGAACGGAUCAUUUGUACAUAGUCAUUUUCCCUCUGUUCUGUAGAUGUCUGCGUCGCUGCUCGUCUUUUAAAACAUAAAGGCAUAAGAUCGCCGUUGCAUUUAACGCUUUUCUAUAGACGAGACAACGAAUUCUCCUUCUACCCUUCGAUGUACAGUAAUCCGUGGCGUACGAAAUUUUUAUAAAUCGUUCACGAUCAUCGCCCAUCCGCAGAUGACGGUCGCUUUACGCUAGGGUGGUUACCGACAUCGACGAUUAAGUUAU